UACGUUUGUCUGGGGGCACACAGCACAGGAAGUGGAUUAUUUAUAACAAUGAGAGGUUAUUCUUUGUCAAAAUGUCAGGUAUUGAUCUUCCUGCUCCAGAAUGUGCUUUGUCAGCCUUUUGAGGUCAUCUCUACAGAAUGUGGAUCUAACGCUAUACUGCCCUGUGUAGCUGCACAGAAAUUCAGCAACUACAGAGUAGUCUACUGGUAUAAGGUUAUCGCUUCUCAAAGAAAUGGAAUUGUUCAGAAGACACAAAUACAUAACAAAGUCAAUAAGUACCAGUCGUUUGCCAGAGAUAUACAUCUCUCACAGAACGAGUCCCUCAUUCUUCCUAACGCUCGGCCUGAAGAUUCUGGGACAUACAUAUGCAUGCUUUCAGCAAACAUUGGAGGAGCUAACAAAGAAUCAUUGGUCAAUUUAAAUGUUACAAACUGCACAGUUCCAUUGAUGCGGUCCUCUCCUUCGCCAACCCUCGACAGCCAGUCAUCUCUGGUGACGUUGAAUUUGACUGUCAAUUCUUCAGCUAAUUGUCAGGACCAGCAGAUAGAACUGUCUUUUGGUGUCUUGGCCACAGGUUUCACACUUGUUAGUGUGGUUAAAAUGGUCCUGUCUGUUUGCCUUACAUUGAUAAUUUUCAGAGUGAGGAAAAAAACAUAAGAUUCUCCAACAUUCGAUCUUUAUCAUCAGAAGCAACGAUCAGAAGACUUCAAGAGAUCACAGCGCCCUGGCUGAUGCAUUUGACACAAGUAAGGGGGAAAAUAACUCCUGAUGCAUUAAAAUCACUGCAAAAUAUAUGAAUAUGAACUGACUGUGCAAAUGAUGACAGUUAUUUAUAUAUCAGGUUGUGCUGGUCCAAUAAAGAUUUAUUUUUAUUUUUUAUUUUAUUA